AUGUCUGCAGGAGAUUAUGUAGAAGAGGCUAAGUUGAUGGGGCUUGAGGACCCGAUAGCUAUUGUAGAUUACAUGAGUAAACGUCAGGCUGAGGAGCGAGAAGAACGAGCGAGGCAGCGUGAACGUGAGAAGGAGAAACGAAAAGAGCGGGACAGACAGCGUAAGCACGAGCUGAGAUUGCAGCAGCUGAAGAUAGAGGAAGAGGAGAGGAUUCGCCGGCAUCAGCUGGAAAUGGCUCGCGUGCAGACGGGGACGAAUGGAGGCUCCCCUGCCCAGGCAUCCACUUUGCCGCGCAUCCGGUUACCUGCAUUUAAAGAAGGUGAGUCAUUCGAACCAUAUAUUCACCGGUUUGAAGAUUUUGCCGAUUUAUAUCAGUUCGACGAAGCCACGAAGAAGCUUCAUUUCCAAAGUUUGUUUGAUGGGAAACCCUUAGAAAUCCUCCGUCGCCUCGACGCGAGUGACAAGACGUAUUGUUCGAUGAAGUCGGCAUUGAUGAGGGUGUACGGGCUGACGGUCGAUGACGCAAAGCUUUAAUUUAAUCGUGCAAUGAUGCAAGACCGAGAUACUGCCACUCAGUUCCUGGUUCGUUUGUCAGGCUACCUUGACCAGUGGCUGGAAAAGGAUUGGACGCCGGACACAAAGGAAGGUAUUAGGGAUUUAGUGUUACGAUUUCAGCUAGAAAAGUCGUGUCCCCAGGAUCUUGUAGCACAGUUUAAGAUCCACAAGAUCAAGACUGCAGAGCAAAUGGCUGAUAAGGCGGAUGCCCAUUUUUCUGCCUUUGGGUAUCACACUUGUAGGCAGUGGAAAAAGCCGGCCAUUUCACUGGGUCAGCAACAGAGGGGAAAGCAAGAACUACCUUCGCAGCAGCAACAGAAGGUUCAUCCCACUAAUCACAAGAAACAGCAUCUGCAGUCGAAAGCACAGCAGCGUGUACCACCACAGCAACAGCGGAAGCAUCCUUGGCGAAUGGUGAGUCAAAAAACUCAUGAUUACCGACAGAGAGGAGCGGCCGCCUGUAUGAGUGAGGAAAACCCAACACCCCAGCCUCCGGAGACGUCAGCAGUAAGCAGAGCUCUCUCCUCGUUAAGUCAGGGGAAGAUUACAGUAGCCGUGAUGGUUAACCCAAUUUGUCAAAAGACUAGUGGCCGCGGACGUGUGAAACCUGUACCACUGAAACCUAUGCCGCUGAUCUCCGAACUUUUCGAAAGAGUCGCCGUGGACAUCGUCGGACUAAACCAUGCGAGAGCGAAUGAUGGAUGUAAGUACAUUCUCACACUCGUGGAUUUCAGCAUGAGGUGGCCAGAAGCAGUGCCGCUCAAAAAUAUAGAAUCUGUCACUGUCGCCGAAGCCAUGGUGGAAAUCUUCUGCAGGAUCGGUAUUCCCGGGCAAAUUUUGAGUGAUAGAGGGACACAGAGAAUGGCAGCAAAGCAGCCGAAGGAGUGGCCACGCUAUGUUGCACCACUUCUCUUUGCUUACAGGGAAAUCCCUCAAGUUUCUUUAAAGUUCUCACCCUUUGAACUUUUCUAUGGUAGAGCAGUAAGAGACCUCUUCAAAUAUUGCGGGAGCUGUGGGACGAAAAUGAAGCAGAUACAGAAGUUAAGACAAACGUAUACUUAUGUCAUUGACCUGGCAAAUCGUCUCCAGUCUACUCGCGAACUAGCUAAGCAAAAGUUGCUGAAAGCUCAGGAAAUACAGAAGGCAUACUACGACAGGAAAACAAAGGUACUUCAGUUCAAGGCUGGUGAUAAAUGCGGCGCAGAUGUAUGCUGCGGCGGAAGUACUACCAAGAUUCGAGGGUAUCUGCGAAAAGAAGGCUUUAACAUACCCGAGAUACUGCUGCUGUUGGAAAGACCACCUGCUGAUCCUUUCCCGUGUAACACAGACACAGGGGUUUAG